UGGAAGAUAAUACAAAUUCUCAUACAAAUUCUCAAAAUUUAUUUUGUUGAGACUGAAUUCAAUCUCAUCGAGACCUCAAUGCCCCAAACCCAACUCAACUCUGGGAAACCCAAACCCUCGAAUUCACAUCCUCUGUUUCUAAACACGUGCUCUCUGAAAACAACUUGGACUUAUUAUGAUGGACACAUCAAAUUGAAAUUGGUUUUCACGACCUCAGGUAGCACAUUACUACUUCUUUUGUAGCUAGAAUUAUAGCUGUGUCACACACAAAAUGGCCAAGAACAAGAACUCUAAGCGAGGCAAUCUGAAGAAGAAGCAGAAGAGCAAAGGAAAGUCCACAAAGUCAGCUUUCCAAUCGAAGGUUGUGACCACCACGCCCGCCCCCCUCGACAACCCAUUCGAGCUCAGAGUGAACAAGAGGAAGCACGACAACUUGGGACGAAGGGGGAGGAACGAACAAGGUGUCCCCGGCGUCUCGAGGGGCAGAGCAGUCGAAAAGAGAAAAUCAACGCUCCUCCAGGAGUAUAAAGUGCGAAAUAAAACCAAUGUGCUGCUGGAUAACCGAAUUGGAGAAAGAAGGAAGGGAAUGCCUGAAGAGGAGAAAAUAAAUCGUCGCAGUGCUGCUGAAAAGGCUCGUCAGUUUAAAAAGAAAUCAAUAUUUAAUCUUCAAGAAACAGACGACUUUUUUACUCACAGAGGCCAACCGCUCUUGGAAAUUGACCGAUAUGAAGAUCCCAGAGACGGUUCGGAUUCUGAGGAAGAAAGGCUUGAUGCGGACUUUGUUAGCGAUGCAAAUUUUGGUGGAUUCAUGAAAGUUAAGAAGCAAGCAAACCAAGAACCUGAUGACUUUGAAUUAGACGAUGAAGGGAAACCGAAAACUCACAAGCAGAUAAUUCAAGAACUAAUUAUAGAAUCGAAAAAGAAAAGGUUUGAAAAAGCGAAAGAAGCAGAUGCUAGUUAUGAGCUGGUUUGCAAACUGGACGAUGAAUUCAAAAAUCCAGACAUCAGAAAUCUUCUUCUGAUGGGAGGAGGUAAAAAAGACAAUAAGCAACCGGCAGAAGGCAACAGUGGAACCACAGAAAAAGAAGAGUAUGACAAACUUGUGAAGGAGCUCCAGUUUGAAACAAAAACUGGAAAAGCAACCGAUAGGCUGAAAACCGAGAAUGAAUUAGAACAGGAAGAAAAGGAAAAGUUGGAGCAAUUGGAAAGAGAUAGAUUAAAGCGGAUGGAGAUGAGUGACACUACUGAUGGUUCCCGUCCACAUCGAAGUGCUGAUGACCUUGAUGAUGGGUAUUUUAUUGAACCUACUCGCAAGAUUAGUCAAUCAGGAGACGCUGAAGAAAAUGAAGAUUCUGAUAAUGAUGAAAAUAGUGAUAACGAGGAUGAUGAAGAUGAAGAUAAUAGUGAUACUAGUGACGGCUAUAGUGACAUUGGAUCAGACGUGGAAGAAGACGACGACUCUUGUGAGAAAAAGACAAAAGGAUGCUCAAAAUUAAAUGAAGACUUUCCAUUAGAAGAAUUGGAAGAAACAACAAACGUCAAAAGUCCAGAAGAAAAGUUUCAAGAUAUCCCCUUCGUUAUUGGGAUUCCUGUAAAAUACAAGGAAUUUGAAGCAAUACUUAAAAAGCAUAGAGCCCAUUUCAAGUUUCAUACCUCGUCUUCUUCAGAAGCUUUUAAUCUAAUUUUAACAAGGAUGGUAAAAUAUAACAAGGCUGGCGACAAAUCAAGAUUACCAAAAUUAUUCAAUUUUAUUAUGCGAUAUGUGCUGGAUAUGGCUGAGAGAACUAAAAAAUUAUCAAUGCCCUUAUUGAGAGUUCUGAACAUUGCCCUUCCACACUUGCACUCAUUGAUUGUCUUAUGUCCAAACGAAUGUAUUAAUGCAGUCGAAGAUGGAGAAAUAUUUGACGAUUUUUACCCCCUAAUAGGAUUGCCUGUACAUAAAAUUUUAUACUAUAGUAUUUGCUCACAAAUAUUCUCUGUGACAGACUUUCAUCACAAAGUCCUCUCGUCAAUGAAAGCAAGGCUUCUUGAAAUUUUAAGUCAAACCAAAGCAUCCAAUAUAAAAAUAUUAGCAAAGCUACUGUUUGUAAUUAAUAUUGUGUAUAAGCUUGGCGAAGAAGCGAAAAGAUAUACACCCGAAGUUGUCGUUUUACUAAAUUCUAUCUUGCAAUGCUUUUCUGGAAAUGAAACACGCUGGGCUGGAUUUGCGAUUCCCACGAUACGACAUGCAAAGUCAUACCUCUAUAUUCUUCCAGAACAAUGCAGUAAAAACUCCCUUGUUAAUGAGGAGAUUUGGAAGUUAGUAUCGGAUAACGAGGACGGGGAAACCCCUGAUCUACCUGACAAGCUGGGGGUACUCUAUGUUACACUGAUGUACAUCAAAAAGUUUGUAGGUGUAUAUGAACGUCUUCCGUCAGCAAUUGAAAUAUUUCAUCACACCAAGAAGGCUCUUGUGGACUUACAACUGAAAAUGAGCUGUCAUUAUCCACAAAUUAUUGUCGAUAAAUUGAGUGAAACCGUUGAUGUCAUUUCAUGUAUGAAACUCAAGAAAGAAAUAUUGACAGUGCAAGUUUCCAAUAGACCGAAGCCAUUAAAACUUUACGAACCAUUGAUAGAGGAAGACUUUGAUGGAAUUCGCAAGAAAAAGGCUCCAAAGGGAAAGCAAGAAACUGCACGAUUGUCACACAAAGUAAAGCAAGAGAUGAAAAAUGCUGUUCGGGAAAUACGAAAGGACACUGCAUUUUUAGCUACGCAACAAUUGCGAGAACAAUUAGAAAAGGAUGCUGACAGGAAGAGGAAAGUGAAAGAAAUUCUUGGAAGUUUAGCAAAUCAAGAAGGCGAGUAUCAAAAGAGUAAACGACUAAAGAAAACAUGAUGACCAUAGUUUACUGUGUAUUUAUAAAUAUUUUAGCCAAUAGUAAUAGAAUAGGGUUCAUGGGAUCAUCAUACAUAGGAUAAGUUACGCGAGAGUAUGUUUUGCAUAAUACUUCAACGGCAUAAUUAUAUAUUGUGUAUUUUAUAUAACAUUCAGCGCAAAAUGUUAGAUUUGUUAAUGCAAAUGGCCCAUCCUAAAUUUUAUUAGCUACUGGCUUCGGAAUUUGUAACCGCUAACAUUUGCUCAUUAUUACCAGACAUAUUGAGCACUUAAAAUUCAAAGCAGAGUAGUGGUCAUCUCCAACUGGAAGUUGAUUGUUGAAAAAUUUAGAUGAUUGUCGUAACUGCUGGUAGCAAUCUCGAGUAAAUUAGUCAACCCUGCAGUAAUAGAGAUUCUGUCUUGGAGAUAAUAUUCUUAAUCAACAGUUCCAGUGAGUGACGAACAGGAAUGCAGACACAACUUCACUAUCCUGUUGUAUCAUUACUACACAAAUCGCUUAUCUUUAUUCUAUAAUACCUGUUCCAGUGACAGAUGUUCAAUUGCUCGUUCAUUUUUAGAUACAGUUUUAUAACGAUCAAAACUGGCCUUUAGCUGUAACUUUGCAAGUUGCCAGUAUGCCUUUGACAUCAUUCAGAAACUUUAUUUGUAAUAAUGCAUCAUGUAUCCAAUUCUAUUACGAAAUAAAUUUCUCUUUUAUCCGAUGUACGCUUA